ACCAUUGGAGGACUAGUCUUUGCUCUGGUGUCCCCUCACUGAGCCUGGCUCUGGUUUCCUUCCUGUUUCCUCCCUAAUCUCCUUUCUGAGCAUCAGGAGUCAGUGUGGACUUUAUGUGUGGAAAGGAGCUGGGAAAUAAGGGGCUACUUCCAAGGGCAGCUUUGCCUGCCUGUCGGAGGUACAGAGCUCUCAGCCACCUUGAGCUAACAGAGACCUGAAGCCAUUGUAUGUGGUCUCCCAUCCAUAGCAGGGUAGGCUCAUGUGAUGCAUGCAGUUAUGGUGAACGGAAAAGUUGCAAUCUGAGAAUUAAGAUGUGUCCCCAUACCAUCUGUUGGGGGCACAGCAAACAGUCCGUUUUCUCUUUUCUUCCCUUUAGGCUGAUACCAUCAUGCCUUCUUGGGUAGCCUUCCCCAGCCUCAUACUACUUUGGGCAGAUGCUGUAGUUUCUGUGUCAUAUGUGACUGGAGUGGUGGGUCAGUCUGUCACGCUACCCUGUAUCUUUUCAACAGCUCAUGAAAUCUCACCCAUGUGCUGGGGUCGAAGGGCAUGUCCUUCAUUCAGUUGCUCAAAUGAACUCAUAAUGACCGAUGGCUACCAUGUCACCUUUGAGAAGGACAAACGUUAUAGGAUGAAUGGAAUCAUUUCCACAGGGAAUUUGUCUUUAACCAUACAGAAUGCAGCCCUGUCUGACACUGGCACCUAUUGUUGCCGUAUUGAGUUCAAAGGGUUGUUUAAUGGUUAUAAAAAGAAUAUAUUUUUGGAGAUAAAGCCAGCUCCACCUAAGGUCACCAGUGUUCCAACACCACCUAAGGUCUUCACCUCUGCUCCUACAACUCCAGCACCAACACUAACACUGAACCACAAGACAGCUCCAACUAAUGUGACCAUGGGCCCAACAUCACCUAUGGUCUCUUCCACAAAGCUAGCAGGAGGGCCACAGAAAUUCAAGACAGGCUACGUGCUUCACACCUCAAGUUUCGGAUAG